GCUUUUUUUUAAUCUGUUGUUAGUUUGGUUAUAAAUAUUAGUUGGAAGAUUAAUUAGAAUCUGUAAUUUUUUCUUUCUUUCUUUUUUUCUCAAAUAAUAUAAACUCGAAAGCAACGGCUGAGAUUGGCUUUGAGGGUUGACACGUCCCUUUUAUCUUCCACACUCAGUUCCCACCUUUCCUUCUCAGUCACACAAACUCACACCAUGUUGUGUCAAGUGUGAACUCAAAACAUAUUUCUCUCUUUCUUUGUUUCGAUUUUGGAGUGGUGUUGCUAUCUCUAGCUCCAUGAACUUUUUCUAACACACAACACAAGAGGAGGAAGAAGGGGAACAAGAAGAUCGAAGAAGAAGAAGAAAGUUAAGAUAUGUUGCUUGGAAAACGUCCUCGGGCACCGAUUAUGAAAAGAACUACAAGCAUGAGUGGUGGUUUGGCCGUGGAAACCAAAACAAGCAAGGAGGAAGAAGUACUCAUGUCUGAUAACAUGAAACUCGUGGAUCCACAUGUUAACGUUGUUGCCAUGGGAACACCAAAUGAUCAAUUCGUGCCUAACCACACCAAAAAUGUUUCUCAGGCCAACGGUUCAUAUGUAUAUGGUGACCGUUUGAUGGGCAUGGGCGUCAACAUGAGCAUGCCUCUUUCCCCGACAACCUCAAAUAACCAUCGUCACCACAUGACUCACAACCAUACAACAAACACUAACAACAUACAUACUACUUCUCACUUUCUUCGGACUUGUGGCCUCUGCAACUGUCAUUUGGCACCUGGUCGAGAUAUCUAUAUGUAUAGGGGGGACACGGCAUUUUGCAGUUUGGAGUGUAGGGAGAAGCAGAUGAAGCAGGACCAGAGGAAAGAGAAGUGGAAGGCGGGGUCUAAUAAGGAGCACCACCGUGCAUCGCCACCGGGCGCCACCGCGAAGGCUUCUUGUAAUUGAAGGGUAAUUUGAAAGGUCAUUGCACAAUUAUAAGGUGAAAUAGUAGUACAAUAUAUUUGAGGAGAAAAUUAAGAAAGAAAAAGGCCAAGCAAGCAAAUUAACUGGUGCCUCAUGUCAUGUGCACUUACCACAAGGCUAGCUAUAUCAUCUCAUAUCUUCCGCCGUCCCUCUUAAUUUCAUCUAUAUAUGGUUCUUGAUUUCACACCUACGCUACUUGUUCGUUCUUAUUGACAUAAUUCUGCUAGGAAUUAAAUUGUACAAAAUUAAGGUGUGGUACGCUGUUGCUGUAUUGCUUAUGUCAAUUUUAAUCUUUCAAUCUAAAAUUCCCCCUAAAUCUGUCUA